CCUGUAGCCCAUUCAAAGGCCUACUGUUGGACCUCUGCUUAUUUUGCAAUACGUCUUUAGUACGGACUGAAAAAUGUCCGAUUUCGAUGAGUUUGAGAAGCAGUUAAGCGAAAAUCGGCAAGCUGCAGGGCAGAUCCCCACGAUAGCUUUACUGGCAACAUCCACCACCAGCGGCGUGGCAGUGACGCCCACCCAGGUGCCGAUGGUCGGCAGCCAGAUGACCCGGCAGGCCAGGCGGCUUUAUGUCGGCAACAUCCCCUUUGGCCUGACGGAGGAGGCCAUGGCGGAUUUCUUCAAUACCCAGAUGCGAUUGGCUGGCUUAUGUCAAGGUCCCACCAAUCCCGUCCUCGCUGUUCAGAUAAACCAGGACAAGAACUUUGCCUUCCUUGAAUUUCGGUCCGUGGAUGAGACCACGCAGGCAAUGGCCUUCGACGGCAUCAUUUUCCAGGGUCAGUCGUUAAAAAUCAGGCGGCCCCACGACUAUCGCCCCCUGCCUGGCAUCUCAGAGCAGCCCGCCUUCCACGUACCAGGGGUCGUCUCCACCGUGGUUCCAGACUCGCCACACAAGCUCUUUGUCGGAGGCCUGCCCAACUAUCUCAGUGACGAUCAGGUGAAGGAACUCUUGACGUCGUUCGGACCUCUUAAGGCCUUCAACCUUGUGAAGGACAGUGCCACGUCACUGUCUAAGGGUUACGCUUUCUGUGAAUACGUGGACAUCAGUGCCACUGACCAGGCCGUGGCUGGACUCAAUGGCAUGCAGCUCGGAGACAAGAAGCUCAUCGUCCAGCGGGCAAGCGUGGGGGCUAAGAAUGCCAACGCUACGGCCAUCAUCGAGACGCCGGUGACGCUGCAGGUUCCAGGGCUGCAGCGGCUGCAGAGCUCCGGCAUGCCCACGGAGGUGCUGUGCCUCCUCAACAUGGUCAUGCCCGAGGAGCUGGUGGACGACGAGGACUACGAGGAGAUCCUGGAGGACAUCCGGGAGGAGUGUUGCAAGUACGGCAACGUGCGCUCCAUCGAGAUUCCGCGGCCCGUCGAUGGCGUGGAGGUGCCUGGCUGUGGCAAGGUGGGACCCGUACUCUCCUGUACCAGUGGCAAAAAGAAGACCUCUGUAGGCACUAAACACAGGCUCAUGGGAGCAUUUCUUGCACAAAAGUGUUUUGAAAACGGAAUAAUUUUUUGUGUAAGAAAAACAAUCUGAUUGGUUCAGAUAGACAGACAAUCUGAUUGGUUCAGAUAGACAGACAAUCUGAUUGGUUCAGAUAGACAGACAAUCUGAUUGGUUCAGAUAGACAGACAAUCUGAUUGGUUCAGAUAGACAGACAAUCUGAUUGGUUCAGAUAGACAAUCAUUUUUCAUUCUGCCCUCAACAUUUUCUUUGUGUAAGAAAGAAAAUUUUGUACAAUCAUUGAUUACUCGCAAAUGUUAAUAGUCAUCCGCUGUUUAUCUUGAAUAUGUAAAAGCAGUGCGCGUAUAUUUCCUCGUUAGUAUAGUGGUGAGUAUCCCCGCCUGUCACGCGGGGGCCGGUCGCGUAUAGCCAUAACACAGUGGCAGCCAAUGAAAUUGAAGGAUUUUUUUUGCGAAGCGAAGAGACCCUCCCCGGCGCUGCAAAAUCUCCGUUAAUGAUUUUUUUUCUGAUACAUUUCAAGUUAGAUUGAAAUGCUAAUCAUUUUGAGGCAUGUUUUCAAAAAAGCAUGAACAAAUUUCUCCAUUUCUUGUAAUCACAUUCAUCCAUUAUUCUUCGUUUUCUUGAUAUUGAUGUAUUUAAUAAACAGCUUAAAACUA